AUGCCGCGCUGGGCGGCCGCCGUGGGCCGCUGGGGCUGGAGGCUCCCGGCGCUGCUGCUGGAGAUCACCUUCGAGCUGCCCGACAAUGCCAAGCAGCGCUUCUACGAGGACAUCGCGCCGGGCACCGCGUGCGCCCUCGAGUUCCAGGUGAUUACUGGUGGUCACUAUGAUGUAGACUGUCGAUUGGAAGAUCCUGAUGGUAAAGUGUUAUACAAAGAGAUGAAGACAAGGUAUGAUAGUUUCACCUUCACGGCCUCCAAAAAUGGGACAUACAGAUUUUGCUUCUGCAAUGAGUUCUCUACUUUCACACAUAAAACCAUGUAUUUAGAUUUUCAAGUUGGGGAAGAUCCACCUUUGUUUCCCAGUGAAAACCGAGUCAGUGCCCUUACCCAGGUGGAAUCUGUUUCCAUUCACGAAGCUCUGAAGUCUGUUACUGACUAUCAGACUCAUGUCCGGCUGAGGGAAGCUCAAGGCCAAAGCCGAGCAGAAGAUCUAAAUACAAGAGUAGCCUAUUGGUCAGUGGAAGAAGCCCUCGUUCUUCUGGUGGUUAGCAUAGGACAGGUGUUCCUUCUGAAAAGUUUUUUCUCAGAUAAAAGAACCACCACAACUCGUGUAGGAUCCUAA